AAAUUCCCACAACCAUCGGGUAUCAAAGAAGAAAAUUCUCUCUCUUCUAGCCAUUCAAAAUAGUGAGAAUGGGGUUGCUGAAAAAACACGAGAAACAUUCAAAGCCGACGUUUAAGGGUAUAUUAACGGCCAUUUUAGCUACAAAGGCUGCAAUAUUCCUCUUGAUUCUCGCCGGUUUAUCCCUCUCUGGGACAUCCUUGGCAUUUAUCGCCACUAUGCCGCUAUUCGUCGUAUUUAGUCCGGUUCUCGUACCAGCAGGUAUUACCACUGGUUUGCUAGCUAUGGGUUUAGCCGUCUCGGGCGGCUCCAGUUUGACGGCCCUCAGCAUCAUCUCGUGGCUCUACAAGUUCUCUAGGCGGCCGUGAGUCAUACUGUAUAAUGGUUCUUAAUUUUUAUUAUAGAUUACAAAUUAAAUCUAGUUUUUUUUUUGAUCAAAAAAUUAAAUCUAGUUAACCCAAUCUUUUUCUAGUAAUAAUUAUUACGUGGGGAUGGAAGUGAAGUUUUCAAAUAGCAUCUUAUUAAAUGCAUGUAUGUCGUGGUACACAAUAAUGAAAAAAUGUAUGUGUUUUUGUUAUCUA